CAGCUGUCAAGUCAAGUCAAUUUGAUUUCGAGAUGGAGUGUUGGACGUGUCCGUAAAAAUAACACAAAAAUCCCUUUUUAUUUGUACUCGUAAUGCUAUCAGCAAUUUAAUUCCAAAUAACAAUUACGAUUAUGUUAGUUUCGUGUAGUGUUUUGUUUAGUUUUAAUUCGCUGGGGAAACAUGGACGAGGAGCAUAACCAAGAUGAAUUGGAGGAACGGCUGUAUGCCAUGCUGCAUCAUGUAGACGAGACGCAGGCUAACGUAAGGACGAGUGGAGAGAGUGAAGCCGUUAAUAUCGUGGAGAAUGCCCAGCGAAGCACCAUACGUCGUUAUUGGCGCACGAGUGGCGAUUCCAACCCGCCGCCGACACAGUUCCAGAAGGUUAACCCUCCAACACAAUAUCGGAAAGUUAACACACCACCAUUACAAAACCAAAAAAUUAACACGCCAAGAGAACCUCCUAUCGUCAAGACAAUAAGCACAGAUAAUCCCAAACCGAAAGAGGAAAAGAACGCAUCGCCACCACCAACAGCUGAUUUGUCAAUAUUCCAAACUCCGCCACAAAUUAUACAAAAAACCAUAGAAAUAUUGGAUAAUGAUGAUGUCACCAAAUCAGUUGUACUUGAGUCGAGUGAUGAGGAUGAAGUUAUUGAAGUGGCAUUGCCAGCAAAACCAACCAUAACUAUUGAAAGUUCAGAUGAAGAUGAUGUCUGUAUUAUAACAAAACCUAGUAUUCCAUCAACAGAUAAAGAGAAGGAAGCAUUAAAAUUCAAUAAUGAUAGGGAGUCUGCCAGUCCGGUACCGUCUGUAGUUUCUUCUGUGUCUGAUGACUUCAUCCGUGGGGAUUGCAUAGCUUUGAACAUUUCGUCUCGACAUCCAGACAAUCACAGUUUUGAUUUCAGUCUCCAUGGCUCUGAUUUGUUGGUACAAACAACUCCAACAAAAAAGAAAAGGAAGAAAAAAUCAAAAGAUAUAAAUACAUCUACACCCAAUGCAGACACACCCAACAAUACUGAUGUGUGCUUUGCUACUCCAAAAACCAAAGCUAAACAAAAGAAACAGAAAUCCAAAUCUGUACCUGGCAAACUGGUUCCCAGCAUUGACGUGUACGAUUCAGACAGCAACCAAGCCAAACAAAACACGUAUAUUGUAACAGACAAAAGUCUUCCGAGUGCAGAUGUCUAUGAUUCAGACUCAAAUCAAUCGGAAAUUAAAGAAAAUGUACCGUGUAAAACUAAUAUCAAUAAAGAUGUAAACAGCUCCGAGAGUAGCAUUUCUGUUGAGAGUACUUUGGAAGCAAGUACUCCUAAGACAACAAAAUCUAUAAACGACAAGAGUGUCACUGAUGAUUCAAUUGUUGAUUUAACUGACAAUGACUACAUAACGUUGGAUAGGACAGGCAUUACUGAGAGUAUUGUAAUGGCCAAUGUCACAGGCUUUGUUGAAUCAAUGGACUAUGGAGAUGAGCCUGUAGAUUCCCAAGCUCCUGAUCCGUCAAAGUUAGGAUCAACGAAAAUCCCGCCUAUGUUGUAUGACAAUCUUGACUUCGAUAAUUUAAAAGGCAAAGACAAGGUGUGCAAACGACGGAGGUACUCGCUGACAACUCUCCGUGCAGAAAUGGAAAAGUUCUACAAUGAGAGCUGGGGCGGGGAAGAGUUCAACCACCGGGAGAUACAAAAAUAUAUGUCAAGGGAUAAAAACUUGUGGGUUAUUGACCCUAAAGAUAGGAUGCCUGGCCUAACUAAAAGGAGGACAACAACCUGUCACUACUGCGACCGGCCGGGCCAUCGAGACGACACGUGCCGAUUUAAACCUCCUGUCUGUUACAUGUGUGGCUCCACUGGACACUAUGAGCCUCGUUGUCCUGCGAAAAUAUGUGUCAAUUGUGGGUCUCCAAACCAAAUGUACUCGUCGAUGUGCCGCAACUGCUCGUCGUGGCCGCGCGUGACGUGCGCGGAGUGCGGCCAGCUCGGCCACCCCGCCACCCACUGUCCCGACCUUUGGCGCCGCUACCACAACACGAUUGACAUCAACAUGCCUUUGGAAGAAAGCCGGCAAUACAAGAAACACCAUCAACAAUACUGCAGUGGGUGUACACGUCGCGGACAUUUAGUUCACACUUGCCGUAUCACAUUACCCUUUUCUGGACUCCCAAUCAAUUCGCCGUAUGUCUCCGUUUACAGACCGUUGUAUCUACCCACAGUGGAAGAUAACUCAGAAGAUACUAAUAUCCGACAUGAGGAUAAUAAUGAGACGCCGUCAAAUCAAUCGCAGGACUCUUCACAAAAUUCCAAAUACUCUCGAAAUAAACGACAAUCAAAAUCACCAUGUUUACACGAACCUCAAAAAGAAUUUAAAAAGAAAAAACAAAGCUCCGAGACAUUAGAAGCUAAACAACACAACGAAGUUGUUGCCAGUAAAAAUGGUAAUUUCCGGAAAGUUUCAACAAUUAAAGAUGACAAUGACUCCAUUGAUCUAAACAUUAAUGUUGAAAAAGCACCAGAUUUUAUUCCAAUUUCAUCCAACAAUCAUGACAAAAAGGGUCAAGUGAUCCAGGACAAUGAAGUGUCAGAUACAAGUGAUGCCGUCACUGUAGCCAGAAUCUACGUCACUAACGAUAUUCUAGAUAAACUUAAAACAGUAGAGGGUCGAGAGUGGUUGAAGAUAACUAUGAAUAAGCAUAAUGUACUUGUGCAACAUGCUAAUGAGUCAUCAUUUUUGACCAUUAAAGGGAAAGUAGCUGACCAGGAGUCUUUCCAAAGUGAAUUAAGAGAUUGGACGUCAACAAAAUCUAAUAGUGACCGCAAUACUAACAGCGAAGUUGAAGCGGAUGAUAAUAACGAUCAUGCUUUAAGGUACAUACCCAGAAAAAGAGAACUAGUUCUGAAAAUAAUUAGUAAAGCUUUAGAUUCACUAAAUGAUGAUCUGGGUGAACCAAAAGAACUUUACAAAAGGUUGACUUAUCUCCAAAAACAACACAGAAUAUUGCUGAAACAAAAAGUAAUCAGCCCAGAUAAACUAUCUAACAGCACCGACGAUAUGAAAAAAGUUCUCAAAAAACUCAAUAUGGUACUUCUGGGCCAAGCCGGCCUCGCCAAUGGCCGGCAAUCUUUGACUAAAUUAUACGCCUUGCAGCAAAGACUCAUACAGCAAAGCGAAAAUAAAUUGCCAACCAAACUGAGGAAGGAAAUUGCUCAACAUUAUCAAUCUAUUUUUGUUGCAAUUGAAAGAAAUGACUACUUGGAACUGCUACAAAAAUAUCAAGGUAUUAACGAAACGCCUAUUUUCAGUCCAAAGAGGAAUCGUAAUAACAGAUUCGAUUUAGAACACAAUAAAGCAGAAAAUAAUGAAAUCAAUAACAGCAUUUCGCCUCGGUCGCCGAAACUGGCUAUGCUAAAUUCUACACCAGAGAACACUCCCAUCUCUGACACUAACAGUUUAAAUAAAGUUCCCUCUGGAACAUUGCGUAUAUUGCUGUCAUACCGUAAGAGGUUACAAAAUGCAUGUCUAAAUACUAAAAACCAGAAAACGCGUCGAGCUACCUUAGUAAGGAAACUGCACGCUUUAAUAAGUUGCCUAUACCGGAAAGAACGAGUAAACGCUAAAACUGCGAAAAAGAUGAAGAGAAUACAAUUUGAAACUCGUCAGUUUUUAACCAAUGUGUAACGUACUAAUCUAAAACUGACUAUCAAUAUCGGAUAUCGAUAUUAAAAUAUAAGCAAGUAUCUCGAUGGGGCUCCCGUCUGAUGCUUACGGUGUAUGGCGUUGUGUCAUACGUCGCUGUCCUGGCAAGUAAUUUCAUGAUCCCACAAAUCCGUGGGCCAGAUUUAUGUUUCUGUAUACUUGCUGGUCAGGUGUAAUAGCACUACUUAUGUUGUGCAUGUGAAAUAAACUUCUUAGUGUAAAGCA